UUUGACUUUGGGUAGUGAGGUUUUAGACAGAACCAAAUUGAAUUGCUGGUUUGGAAGCUGGUGCGGAAACCAGACCUAGGCUUGGAAGCUGCUUCCGGAGGCCGGUAGCUCUUGCUGCGGUUCCCGCCUCCUCAGCAUAGAAGAAGCUUCUCUCGGAGCUGCUGGCGAUGGUCAAGAGCUAGGAAACGGAGGAGGAAAUUCACUUUUCUCGGUCCAACUGCAGGUUGAUGGAAACUAGGGUUCCGGUGCAGCAUUACAAUCUCCGAUCUGCUAAUUCGUAUACUACAGGUACCUCUUUGCACGAUCUCAACACAGUGGAUGAUCGAUCAGGUGAGAUGGAGUGCAUUCGUGAUGGCGUCUCUGAUGGUAGUUUGGAUAACAACGAAGAAGAAGAAGAAUCCAGUGCUGUUAAUUGUCUUCAUGAACCGUACAGGGAUUCUUUAACUAAUCAUGAUGUAGGAGGAGUGAAAGAGGAUCGUCAAAUUAUUGAGAAUAAUGAGUCUUCUAGCUGUUCAUAUGAUAAUCUGACAGCUGAAGAUGUUUUGCCAAUUGAAAGUGCUAGGGCGAGAUUCUUGGAUAUUGUUGUGGAUAAUUUCAUCAGUUCACAUCUCCUUGAAGUACCUGACUCGGAAGUUGUUGAUUACUCAUCUGUGUCUGCUCAAGAUAAACUUGGGAAAAGGAAACCAAGGGAGAUUCAUUAUGAAGGUGAUGCAAGGUUUGUUUUGCCUUUGAUGUACGUGGCAAAUAUGUACGAAACUCUGGUUAAUGAAGUUAACACGAGGUUAACUUCUGUUAAUGAGUUUCGUGGAAAGAAUAUUGGAGUAGCUCUUGAAGCAGCUGGUGGUUUGUAUAGAAAGUUGACUAAAAAAUUCCCUAAGAAAGGAACUUGUACUUACAAAAGAAGGGAAUUGGCUACUUCUCUUGAAACAAGAUCUCGAUUCCCAGAGUUAGUUGUACAGGAAGAGAAACGGGUUCGAUUUGUUGUUGUUAAUGGUCUAUCUAUUGUUGAUAAACCAAUGAACAUCUCUCAAGUUGAUUCAGAGUGGUUCAAACGGUUGACAGGACGUAACGAAGUUGCCAUAUCUGACCGAGAUUUUAAGUUUUAUUCUCCAAGACACAAGUAUAGACGUGUAUCAUCAAGUCCUAGUUUGCCAACGUUUGGUGGCACGGAGAAUUCAUCUCCAAUGGCUAGUAGUCAAGGUUAUCGCUCUGUCAAUGACCAAACUCCUUCGAAGCAUCAGAUACAACGACACUCUCAGUUCCAUUCAAUGAACCCAACUGCUGCUCCGGCUUCUCAUUUUGUUCAUCACAAUCAUCAAUGUGUAGCCCCAAAUCACUUAACCGACGUUCCUCAUGCACAACAAUCAUCACCACCUUCCAUUUCUCACCAUAAUAUCGCUUGUCUGCAACAAUUACCACAAGCAGGAAACCGAAUGCAUAUGCUGACAAGUCCAGCGAAGUUUUGUGACGAAUGUGGCGCUCCAUAUUUGAGAGAGACGUCGAAAUUCUGCUCUGAAUGCGGCGUUAAGAGGUUAGGAACUUGAUUGAUAUAUACAAAACAUAUCAGUUGUGUUGGUACUACAAUUAAUACUCUUCCUGUAAAUAUUAUUAGCAUUAAAAGAUAUGGUUUUACUAUGUCAUUUGUUUUACUACAUUCAAUCAUAUAACAUAUGGUAGUGGUCAUGAAUUUGCACUAUGGGUUUAACCCGCGGAGAUUUGUCGCACUUUAAAAACUAAAAACAGAAGUUUGUAUGUUUUUUUUUUCAAUUUUGUAUGGCAUUAAA